AUGAACGUAGGAAAACAAAGAAUAGGAGAUCAACGUCGUGCUAUUGUUCAACGCAACUUUCUUACAAAACAAGAAAUUAAUAAUAUCAAGGAAGAAAUUAGAAUUCUAUUACAAAACCCUACGUCCGCAGAAGUGAACGCGGCUACAGAGCACACCCAACAGGGCAGGAUCAGAUGGUCAGAUAAUCUUAACGAAACCAUAAUGAGAAGUUACUACCGACUCACAAACCUUGAAACCGAUUUAACUACUUACAGACCUUUACUGCAUCAGGAUAUAAUUACUAAAUGCCCUUCAAUAGCACACCUUUCAGUACAAAGAAUAGCUGACCAACGCAGGUCUAUUGUCAAUAAUCACCUCUUGUCCAAUGAUAGAUUAAAUAGAAUUAGAAAAGAAGUAAGAAACGAAUUAAAUACCUCAGCUUUACAAUCACAACAUAUAGAUGAAAAUAUUUCAGUUUCUACAAUUCACCCAUCACAAAUACACAACGAACACCAAACUUUGCAAUCAACACAAACCACCACAAACGAUGAUAUCACAAAUCCAAUGCAAAUAACAGACGACCCGCCAUGUUUAACUCUGGAACUCGCACAACAAUUAGAGGACAUGUAUGCAGAAACUUAUAAUAAAUUUAAAGAUUCGAACCCAACAACCCGGCCUUAUAUACCCAAACUGAAAUCCUCUAAAAAGCUAUCAUCUAUAAUUAACCAUCUGAAUAACGUAACUCUCCCAAACAUAUUUACACCUGACACUAGCUUCAAUAUAAUACAAACCUCUAUUUAUUGUGCGGCAUAUACUUCAGCUAAAUUUUAUGGGGCCCGAAUUAGAGACACCAGCCUAAAUACCAUAAAACCACAAGCACCUUGGUGGCAAAGACGAUUAGAAGAUAGGAUAAGCGAUCUUAGAGCAAAUAUUGGGAGGCUUACUGAAUAUGCUAGGGGUAUUAGGUCACCAGCUUUAGAAAAGCAUCUGUCUAAGAUAAAACAAAAAUACAAAAUACACACUCAACAUGAAACUCAAAACACUGACAUAGCACACUUUCUUGACACACUGAAACAAAAAUUAAACGCCUUAGCAAACCGAUUAAAAAGAUAUAAACUAACAACUCUCAGAAAAACACAAAAUAAACAAUUCUGCAAUAGUGAAAAACUCUUUUACAGGAAACUCACACAACAUCAAAGUCAACAAGAAAAUAGCGCAACUUUGCCUACCCCUGAAUCCCUAAAAGCAUUUUGGUCAAAUAUCUGGUCUAAUCAAAUUGAACACCAACACAAUCACUGGAUAGAAGAAGAUAAGGAAAGAUUAAAGGAUACACCAGAAAUGAAAUUUGAACAAAUUCAUUUAGACCUUUUUAAAAAUGUAAUAGCAAAAACUCAUAACUGGAAAGCUACUGGAACCGACAAUAUACACAAUUUUUGGUAUAAAAAACUUACAUCCACACAUGAAUUACUACUCAAACACAUUAAUACAUUCAUUAGCUCACCCGAUACCAUGCCACAAUAUAUCACACAAGGUAUUACAUACAUGUUACCAAAAGAUCCAUCAGACACAUCAAACCCUGCAAAAUAUCGCCCGAUCACCUGUUUACAAAAUAUAUAUAAGAUCAUCACAUCAGCUUUAAGUGAAACAAUACAUAGACAUAUACAAGAACAUAACAUUUUAUCAGAGGAACAAAAAGGAUGCCGAAAGAACAGCCAGGGAUGCAAAGAACAACUUACUAUUGACGCUGUAGUAUCAAAGCUAGCACUCAAACAAAAACGUAGCAUUUACACUAUGUAUAUAGACUAUAAAAAGGCUUUUGAUUCAAUUCCACACUCCUGGCUACUAUACAUAUUAAAACACUACAAAAUUAAUCCGAUAAUCAUCCAUUUUCUAAAAAACACUAUGCUUAACUGGUAUACAAAAUUAAAAAUAUGCAAUUUUGAUAAAACUACUGAAACCGAUUUCAUCCCCAUAAGAAGAGGUAUUUUCCAAGGAGAUGCCUUAAGCCCCUUGUGGUUUUGCCUUGCCCUUAACCCACUAUCCCACAUGCUUAAUAAAAAUAACAUAGGAUUUAAAAUAACACACAAUACAGAAAACAUAACUCUUUCACAUCUCAUGUAUAUGGAUGAUAUAAAACUUUUUGCAGGCACGCUAAACGAAAUUCAUACCCUUGUCGAUAUUACGCAGAUAUUUUCAAAAGAUGUAUGCAUGGAAUUCGGAAUCGAUAAAUGCAAAAUCCAAUCAAUCAAUAGAGGGGUGAUAGAACAUAAUGUGUACCAAUUAGCGAAUCAUGAUACCAUAGAAACGGUGGACCCUGCUGAAGGGUACAAAUAUUUGGGCUACUACCAGUCACAAGAAAUUCACCACAAAGACACUAAAAAACUACUUCAAGAUAAUUUCAGACAACGACUACAUAAAAUAUUACACACCCACCUCAAUGCUAAAAAUACUAUUGAAGCCAUCAACACUUUUGCUAUCCCCGUUUUAACAUACUCGUUUGGGAUCAUACGCUGGACAAAAUCGGAACUUGCUACGCUACAAAGAAUAAUAAAUACUACAAUGACAAAACACAGAAAACAUCACCCUAGAGCCUGUAUUCAAAGAUUGACCCUACCUAAAAUUGAGGGUGGUAGAGGAAUCAUAGAUAUAACAAACCUCCACAAUAAACAGAUCACACUACUUAGGGCCUUUUUUCAUAAUCGCUCACACCAAUCACGUUUACACCAAGUUAUAUGUCAGGCAGAUACAUACACUCCACUUACACUCUCCGACUUUAACAAACAAAUAAACAUAAUCACCAAACAAGAAAAGAUAGACUUAUGGACCCAAAAAUCUCUCCAUGGCCGACAUCGUCUGGACUUGACCAAUCCAAUAGUGGACAAGGUAGCGUCAAACGCUUGGUUAAAGAGGGGUGAACUGUUUCCCGAAACAGAAGGCUUUAUGUUAGCAAUUCAGGAUCAGAUUAUAGACACUAAAAAUUACAGGAAGUACAUUAUUCGCGAUAGCAGCUCCAGAAGUGACCACUGUCGACACUGCCACAAGCAACCGGAAACGAUUCAACACAUAACUGGCGCAUGUUCAUCCAUCACACAAACAGACUAUAAACACAGGCACGACCAGGUAGCAGCUAUCAUUCACCAAACACUCGCCUACAAAUAUCAACUAAUAACGGAAAAAGUACCCUACUACAAAUAUACACCACAAAUAAUUUUAGACACCGCAGACUUCAAAAUUUACUGGGACAGAACAAUACUUACUGACAAAACCAUACACCACAAUCGACCAGAUAUCACACUUCAUGACAAGAAAAAUAAAACCGUAUAUUUAAUAGAUGUAGCAAUCCCCAACACGCACAAUCUUAACACCACUCAUACUAGCAAACUGACAAAAUAUACAGACCUGACUAUUGAACUUAAAUCUCAAUGGCAGGUAAACACAGUGAAGACAAUCCCAAUUAUAAUUUCUAGCACAGGCGUCAUACCGAAAACACUCCACGCUAGUCUUAAAAUCUUAAAUUUACACCCACUCACUUUUAUACUUCUACAAAAAGCUGUGAUAUUAAACACCUGUAGGAUUGUUAGGAAGUUUUUGUCAAUAGACUAA